AUGUCACUUGUACCGCUGGACUAUGGUUCUUCCGAUGACGACGAUGAGACAAGCCAAGGACAGGCGAAGGCAGCUUCACCUGUACCAUCGCAGUCUGCCAAAAACCCUCACACUUCGUCGACCGGUCUAGCCGCCGUACUCCCGUCACCCAAAAGCAAUUCGACUUCCCGUUCCUCCCUUUUUGCAUCACUCCCUCCCCCAACUCAGCAGUCGAAUGCGACAAAGAAUGUCGCAUCCCAACCUUCAGAACGGAAGAAGGUGAAAAUAUUUGUCGAUCUCCCAAUGGAUGAUGAUGUCCUGGAGAAUAUUGGCGCAGAGACAGAUCAGACAAAGCCAAAGAAAGGGUCAAGUCUGUUUGCAAUGCUGCCAGCACCGAAGAAGACAGGAGACACCAAAUCGGAGAGAGUUGCAGAGUCUAGUGGAGUAACCAAACCUUCGGUGCCCAGCAAGGCAGCGCCCGCCAUGGUGCCCUAUUCAUUAUCAAAGAAGAAGGUUCCAACGAAAGGAGCUUCAGCGAUCACAAGCGAGUCCACAGCAGCAGAUAAUAUCGCAAAACCGAUCCCCAAAAAAGAGGAGGAACCCGAAGUGGGUCCAGACUCUUUCUUCACACUGCCCGAACCUUCAUUGGACAACUACGAAACAAGCGAUGACGGUCCAGUACUACAGCAAUCGUCCUCGCAACCAACGAUAUCAGCCUCUGCACAAUAUGCAUGCGUGUCAGCAUCUUCUCAGUAUGCAUAUCCAUCCCAUUCCUCGACGGAUUACUACACAUACGACUCUAAUGCAAUGUAUGCUUAUCCCGGUGGUUAUGGAAAUGAAUCAAUAACGCCAUCAUCGUCAACGGGCGCUAUGGGAGGAUUGUCAGAAGCCGAUUUGAGAGCAUUUGGGACGCGCGACCGGAAACUUGAAGAAACCAUUGAAAUUAAAGAAAUUUCGCAGUCGCAGCUGAUGGGUGACGCUCGGCAGCUGGAAGCAACGAGAAGUGCCUCUAUGACGGGAGGUAAUCUAAAGGGUCUCGCACCAUCAAGAGGACAGAAGCGGAAGCACAACAUCAUGUCUCUUGCUUUUGAAGCGAAGCAGCGAGAGGAAGCAUUGAAAGACAUGGCGGCACAUAGAAUUGCAAGUAAACAGUCCACGAGAGCUAAAUAUGGAUUUUGA